CUCUCCCUCUUUAUUUGAAAAGGCAUUUUGUGCGGUCUUUGAAGUGCAGAAGUGACACAGUGGCUCCUGAUUGUGCCGCCCCGCCCUGUUCGAGCCUUACUUUGAAUACAGUCGAUUAUAAAUACGUGUGAUUUGUCUGUUUUAUUACAGCACAUUGUGGAGGAAAGGACUGGAUUUCCCUACGCAUCGGAGCACUUCUACCUUAAAAACUAGCAUAACUUACAAUAACCUGCAUUUAUCAUGGCUCUUGUAUACCGGGCCCUUAAAAGAAAAAGUGUCGUUAUCGUGUUGAUCUGUUUGGUGGCGUUAUGUUACUGUCUCAUCGGCGCUAGUCAGACCAGUCAAAUUCCAAAAGGCUUGACUCGGAAUGGGACAUUACCAACUGACAAAAUGAGUUUAUCUACUAUUCUCACAAAAUACAUGCGGUCUUUAGACCGCUCACCUCAGAACACUACACGGAAUGAGGACACUAGAAGUUGGCUAGAACGUACACAUUGGGAGUCUAAGAUUGAUUACCACAUGUAUCACUAUCUAAUUAAUCCCAAGGAUAAGUGCAACUCCAGUGGCCUGGUGGUGGAUAUUUCCGGAAACUUGACAUUACUUGUCCUGGUGAAAUCAGCACCCGGUAACUCCGAACUGAGGGAUGCCAUCAGGAAUACCUACAUUCAGGGAGCCAUAAAGUACAAUGUGUCCGCUAGGAUCUUGUUUCUCCUUGGAUUCCAAGCACAUGGUGAAGUGCACCAAACGGAUAUCGUCAAGGAGGCUGAGACCAAUGGGGACAUCAUCCAAGAAGACUUCGAAGACUCUUACCACAACCUUACCAUCAAGGUCAUCAUGGGAAUCAAAUGGGCCAUGACAUUCUGCGGUAACAGUCACUUCGUGAUGCUGACGGACGACGAUGUCAUGUUUGACAUCUUGACCCUCGUCGAAGAUCUGUCAAAGGCAUACCCAAAACAUCACUCGGAAUUUGUACUAGGUGGCAACGUACAAUGCCAUUCCCUCAGAGACCCAAAUGGCAACUUUAAGAAGUUCUACACUCCAAAGACACUGUACCCUCAGGCCAGGUACCCGACAUACCCGCAGGGGUAUGGGUACAUCAUUUCAAGGGACGUCGUACCUCGGGUUUUCCAAGCUUCCAAGGAAAUACCCCCUCCUGUACCGUGGGAAGAUGUCUACAUGGGUGCUCUACUCCAGAAAACUAGGAUAUCCAUAACAGAUAAGUUACCCUGGUAUAGAGAACGACACCCUGUCAAAACGGCAAUACCGAAUAUGCUAGUUCCUCACAAUGACUACUUCAUGAUACAAUUAUCGAGUGCUAAAAUGAAGACAGUUUGGGAUGCAAUUGAGAGCGCGUUCAUCAUCAAUGCGAAUAACUCUGUGCAUUAGGAUAAUAAUUUUUGAGGUGAUGUUAAUUGUUAUCGUAUAAUUGUUUUAAAUGGGGGCACGCUACAAGAGUCAUAUCUCGCACCCCGGGGCAACGUGUCUGACACGGCCGGUUGUAUAGCAACUACUCCGAAGAUCAAGACAUUAAUCUUGAUCUAAGGAGACACGAACGAACGAAUACUACUCAUUAUCAGUGGCAGAUUCAGAGGAUCUGCCAAAAUCUUAGAUCAAAUGUAUGUUUUUCUUUGACAUGUUGACCUUCGUGGCAACAUAAUGAGAUGGGAGGGGGGGGGGCAUUCGUACAUGUACAUGUACAUGUACAUUCAAAGGUUCGUUAUUCCGAAAGUUCUUUAUUUAAACGUUCAUAAAUUAAAGCCGAAAUUUAGCCUUCAGUAUUCCGAGGGCUAAUAAUCUGAUAAUGAAGUAGGGUGCAUAAUUCUGGGAAUAAUGUAAAAUCGCAUUUAAUUUUCAUAAUUUAAAAUUGAUGAAUUAUAAUAACCCCUAUUUUAUUUUUUAGAAAUUAUGAACCUUCGAAGUUAAAAAAAAAUCUUCGGAUUAAUGAACCUUUGUAUUCAGGAACAUUAGGGGGGGAAGAGGCAUGUAACUUAUAGGACGGGCGUAUAGCCCUGUACUUUUUAUAAUAUAAUUAAUGAAUUUUGUACAAAUAUUGUAUGCUCCGGCAUUUAAUAUAGAAUAAUAUAUGAACCGACAAAUUCAGAAUUUGUCGAAUUAUGCUAGUUCA